AUGCAUGCAAAGGGCAUUUACAUGGAUGGAAGUACAACUUGCAGUGUGCUGUCCGCCUGUGUCAAAGCCCAGCAUCUUCGCGAAAGCACCAGUGUCCUGAACCUCAUGCGGAGAAAUGCCGUGCAAGGCAGCACCAUAGCCUGCAGCGCGGCCAUCGGUGCAUGCUCUCAUGCUGGUUUGUGGCACCUGGCCGCCGAGCUUUUAGACCACAUGGCUGCCACACAAGUUCCCCGAAACAUCAUCACUUUCAGCUCUGCAAUCUCUUCGUGUGCAAAAGCUGGGCAAUGGACUUUGGCUCUGCAGAUCCUGGAGCAGAUGUCGUCAUGUCACGUGGACCAUGACACCAUCAGCUGCAGUGCAGCCAUCACUGCAUGCGAGAAGGCCAUGGUCGCUGGCCAGUGGACAGUCGCCCUCGAUAUCCUCGGCAGCAUGCCGCGCCUUCGGGUGCUCGCCGAUGCCGUCACUUUGGCCUCCGUGAUCAGCUGCCUGGAGAAGGGCGAGCAGUGGGAGAGGGCCCUGCAACUCCUCUCACAAGGUUGUGGUGAAGAGAUGGAAGUCAACUACAUCGGCCUUUCAGCGGCGAUUUCCGCUUGUGAGAAGGCUGGGCAGUGGAAAGCCGCCUGUGAAGUGUUGCGCUUUUCGGCGACUGCGCACAUCAGAGUAGACAUCGUUGCCUACAGCGCCGCCAUAGCAGCAUGCUCUCGAUCUGGGGAGUGGCAACAAGCUUUUGGAUUGCUGGAAAAGAUGGCAGAGGAGCAAAUCCGCCAGGACACCGUGGCAUGCACGGCGGCAAUAACUGCUUGCACGAAUUCGACCGAAUGGAAAAGCGCACUCACUCUUCUGAAUUCAAUGAACCGCCGGCUGCUGUCGCCAGAGUUAUUUGCAUACACUACAGCUCUGAGUGCGUGUGAUCUCGCGGAGCGCUGGGAGGAAGCAUUACUGCUAAUGGAGGAUAUGCAGCAGAGCUCAAUGGUAAUAGAUGGCAUGCAUGUGGGCUGCGCCAUCAGCGCUGUCCAGAAGAGGCGUGGACGCCCGGCUGCUAUCCGGCUUCUCAAGGCACUGCGUGCGACAUGGCCCCCGUUGAUUCCGGAAAGCAGAAAGGCUGACAUGGAAGGUUUGGAGGUGCUUAGUCUGCAUCCUGGACUGCUUGUUCUCAACAAGCCGGCUGGUGUGCGGACGGAAGACAUGCUUGAGCAAGUCGCCCGCCUUGGCAAAGUCACGGAGAUAUCGCGCCUGGACGUUCCCACCUCGGGGUUGCUACCUGUCGUCCUCGAUGCGGAGGGAACGACAGCUGCCAGGUGGUACAAAUCGCAGUUUGCGGGCCGUCUGGCCAGGAAGGAGUACCUUUGCCUCUGUGAGGGCGAAGUGCUGCCUGCUGAGGGCGAGCAGCGAGUGGAGCUGCCCUUGCGUAUCAUGCCAAAGGGGCCGGGUAGUGCGGCCCGUGCAGCCGUGGAUCCCCUCGGCCGGGAGGCUUUAACUUGCUACGAGAGCCUGGCCGUGUACAGCUCGGAUGACAAGAUCUGGUCGCUGGUCUCUGCCAGACCGAAGACGGGACGAAUGCACCAGAUCCGCGUGCAUCUGGCGAGCGUAGGCCUGCCGUUGGUGGGUGACCGAGUUUAUGGGCUACCAGGACCUUCUUGGUGUCCUCGGUUGUUCCUGCACUGCCGCCGCUUGACGUUCCUCGGCUGGACCUGA